GGUUAGUUUCUUUCAGCAAAAACAAAACCCUAGCAGUAGCACACGCACUACCUCAAAAACAACACUACAAUAACAUAACCCUUCGAAGUCGUCGUUUAUCUCUCCUCGUUCGCAUCUUCACCCUUUCCCUGUCUCUCAGAAAGAUGAAGGUGGUCGCUGCGUAUCUGCUCGCCGUCCUCGGUGGCAACAACACCCCCUCCGCCGAUGACAUCAAGGAAAUCCUCGGCUCCGUUGGAAUAGAGGCAGAUGAAGAUAGGAUUGAAUCGUUCUUGUCUGAAGUUAAGGGUAAGGAUAUAGUUGAGCUAAUUGCUGCCGGUAAGGAAAAGCUGGCCUCGGUGCCUUCUGGUGGCGGUGGUGCCGUUGCCGUCGCCGCUGCUCCUGGUGGAGGUGGCGGUGGUGCUGCUCCGGCUGCUGAGGUAAAGAAAGAGGAAAAGGUGGAGGAGAAAGAGGAAUCUGAUGAUGAUAUGGGUUUCAGUCUCUUCGAUUAAUUGGUGUAGUCUAUUCAGCUUUUUUUAGUCCAGAACAUAUUCUCAAUUAACACUAGAGCAUUGAGUUUGUCAAAGUUUUGUUCUAAGGAGUAAUUUAGUCUGUUUUUAUAUCAAUGACCAAACAAGUUGGAUGAAUUUGGUUUUAUAUUUUAGUAUCUUUAAAGUUAUGGAAUUUCAUUCUGGUAAAAUCUCAUA